GAGGAAGACAUGCCAGCCAACCUCAACACCUCCAGCCACAGCACCAACUGUAACUUCCCAGCGCUCGUCUUCGGGAUAUUAUUGAUCAUCAUCAUCAUCAUCUGCGGGAACGUGCUCGUGCGUGUGAGCGUGUGCACGGAGAAAGCGCUCAAAACCACAACCAACUACUUCAUCUUCAGCUUGGCUGUUGCUGAUCUGCUGCUGGCGGUUCUGGUCUUACCUCUGUUCGUGUAUGCAGAGUUCCAGGAUGGGGUUUGGUCACUCAGUAUGACCCUCUGUGAUGGACUGAUGACCAUGGAUGUCAUGCUGUGCACCGCAUCUAUAUUUAACCUCUGUGCCAUCAGCAUAGACAGGUUCAUCGCUGUCUCCAUCCCUCUUAAUUACAACCGCAAACACGUGGAUCAGCGACAGAUUGUCCUGCUUUCUGCCACAUGGAUCCUGGCCUCGGCCGUGGCCUCCCCAGUGAUGUUCGGAGUCAACAAGGUCCCCAACCGGGACCACAGCGAAUGCAAGCUGGAGGACAACAACUACGUGGUGUAUUCCUCCGUCUGUUCGUUUUUCAUGCCGUGCCCCAUCAUGCUCCUGCUGUACUGCGGGAUGUUUCGCGGCCUGAGGAAUUGGGAGGAGGCACGGAAAGCCACGCUGAGGAGCAGCAUGAAGGCCUGCCGAAAGCUUCAGGAGGCCGCCUCGUCCCUGCAGCCGCUGUCCGGCCUGCCGCCCGUCAUCAGGAAAGAUCUGUCUGACAUUACCUUAGAGGAGCUGGAGCAGGAGCCCGUGUGCAUGCUCGCCUAUCCCGGUGGGAGCUACCAUGAACAUCCAAACCAGAACCGGCAAAAGAAGAGAGCCAAAAUAAAUGGGAGGGAGAGGAGAGCAAUGAGGGUGCUUCCUGUUGUAGUAGGUGCCUUCCUGUUCUGCUGGACGCCGUUCUUCGUAGUGCACACGAUGAGGGCUCUCUGUGAAGACUGCUACAUCCCCAGCAGCGUCACUAGCAUCGUGACCUGGCUAGGCUACGUCAACAGCGCCCUCAACCCUGUUUGGGAACCACUGAUCUACACCAUCUUCAACACAGAGUUCAGGAAGUUCUUCCGGAAGUUCCUGCCAACUCUGCCCAACUGCUGCAAGCUCUUUGCUAACAGUUUAUGA